AUGCUCAUCUCGCGUGGUUUGCUUGCCCCCGAGGAUAAGGUGGCCCAGCACUGGCCUGAGUUUGCUGCAAACGGGAAGUCGGAGGUCACUGUCGGCCAAGUCCUAGCCCACACGGCGGGUCUCAGCGCCUGGAAGGACAAUAUGAAGCUGGAGGACCUAUACGACGUCGAGGCGGCAACCGACAAGCUAGCGUGCCAGGCACCGCUGUGGCCUCCCGGAACCGCCAUGGGAUACCACGGGAUAACGCAGGGAUUCCUCGUCGGAGAGCUGGUGCGAAGGAAAACGGGGAUUUCAAUCGAUAAGUUCGUAAUGGAGGAGAUUUGCCAGCCCCUGGGCGAUGGGACUGACUUCCAGCUUGGGUGUCGCAAGGAGGACUGGAACCGGGUGGCCCCAGUCGUACCUCCACCGGGGCCUUCCAUCCAGGAGGUGCUUAGCCAACAGGCGGAGUAUGAGCAGGACUCGAUCGUCAUGCGCACGCUUUGUAACCCCGAGCCCACGGCCGAGGACGCUAACACUGAGCUCUGGCGGUCCAGCACGUUGGGCUCAGUUAACGGCCAUACAAACGCUCGGGCGUUAGUCAAGAUCCUCUCUUGCUUCUCGCUCGGUGGCACAUGCGCGGAAGAAGGCCAUCGCCUGCUGUCGCCCGAGACAGUGAAACUGGCGCUUACAGAGCAUGCGACAGGAAUAGACUUGGUGACGGGGCGGAGCGGGAGGCGUGGACUUGGGAUUUACCUCACCGGACCUGGGUCGGGAAGCGUCGAAGGCAAGCUGCCGAAGGGCAAUGUUGGAUGGGGUAGCGGAUGGGGGGGGGGGUUCGAUCGUGGUUAUGGAUAG